CUGAGCUUUCUUUCCAACGGCUCGUUUGUUUACUCGUUGUCUCGCAUAACAGGCGCCCAGCUAUGGACAAGGUAUAACACCUAUCUCCCUCCACUCAAUCGCUUGCCCUCUUGCCGUUCCCAGUUUCCCCGGCUCUCUUGUCCUUCACAAAACCCGUCUCCUCAUGUGUUCCUCAUUCAAAAUGCCAUGUCCCAAAAGCACCAGGAAUCACCAACCCCGCUCGUAAACGGCACCAAACGCCCCACCCCCGACGAAGAAGAAGGAGAGCUACCCGAAGAUGACCAAAACCUCACCCCUAAAACAAAGAAACGCCGCACAGAUACCACCGCAGAUAUCUCCAACACCGAAAAUGGGGUCAUAAAAACCGAAGUUCCUGAGGAGCCGCCACAACGGAUACCCAACGGCCACCCAACACCACCACCAACCUCGACAGCACCACCAGCAACACCAACAACCCCCUCCCUGCCCCACUCCGACAUGGACACAACAGACCAUUUCCCCGAAGUCCGCAACCCGAAAAACAAGCGUGUCCUCGAGGAAGAACGCACGAACCGUGUCAUGUUUAAACUCGUUCAGAAUGAUGGGACCAGGGAGAGCUUGACCUUGUUGUCGAAGGUGAAAGCCGUUAUUCAGGCUCAAUUGCCGAAGAUGCCCAGGGAAUAUAUUGGGAGGGUUGUUUAUUCGAGAGAACACUGGAGCUGCGUGGUAGUCCGCGACACAGGCGACGUCGUGGGCGGGAUCACCUUCCGCCCCUUCGGACCACGGCGGUUCGCCGAGAUUGUGUUCCUCGCUGUUUUGAGUCAUAGUCAGACCACGGGAUACGGCGCAAGACUAGUAGCCCACUUCAAAGACCACGUCCGCGCCAUGUGGGGCGUCGAGUACCUCCUCACAUACGCGGACAACCUCGCUAUUGGGUUCUUCAAAAAACAGGGCUUCACAUCAGAAAUAACCCUCGAAAAAUCCAAAUGGGUCGGGUACAUCAAAGACUACGAGGGCGCGACGCUGCUGCAGUGCAGCUUCUUCCCGAAAGUGAAAUACCUCGACAUCUAUCAUAUUUACCAUGCGCAUCGGAAGGCGGUGUUUACGAAAAUCAAAGAGGCGUCGUUGUCGACCAGAGUAUACCCCGGCUUGGUGUUCGAGGAGGGGCAGGCGAAGAUUGAGCCGGAGGGCGUGCCGGGGUUGCGCGAGGCGGGAUGGCGGCCUGAGCUAGGCGAAUUAUCAGGAAGCUCAUCAGAAGGCAAACCCCCCCUCUACCACCUCCUCGCCCAGCUCCUCUCCGAGCUGCGCGACAACCCCUCCGCAUGGCCGUUCCGCGAGCCGGUUUCCGGCGUCGCAGACUACUACGAUAUCAUUCGGAAUCCCAUGGAUUUGGCAACAAUGGAACAUAACCUGAAGGACGGCAAAUAUACCACAAUUUCGGAGUUUGAGACCGAUUUCGCGCUGAUAAUUUCCAACGCGAAGAUUUAUAAUGAUGAGACUACUACUUAUUACAAGGCGGCGUGUAAAUUGGAUAAAGCGUGCAAGGAUCGUGUCAAGGCGCUGGUCGCGGCGGCGAACGCGGGGAAGGCGGCGAAGAGUGGGGUGGCGGUUAGUGUUGUGUGAGGAGACCCGUCUACGGCCCCCGCACCGAUUCUCACGCGGAUGUGGAAUACCCUCAUCACACCUAUACAUGAGGACAAUUUUUGGACAGUUUUGUGAAUGAGAUAUUGCUGCCGCUGGGUUGCUGAUAUGAGAUAUUGCUGCCGCUGACAUUUCUCCGCAAGCGUUCUGGA